AAAACUACUUUUAACUACUAACCUGUACUGGUUCCAGUCUUACCAGAGGGCUCCUGAGGGUCCAUCUCUUCUUCAUCCUUCUCUUCCACUGUGCUAACUGGACUUUUUCUAAGUCUCCUGGAGAUCCUUGGAACCCGAGUGAUUCCUGUCAGAUCCUUGAUGAUCCUGUUUUGUCUUUUUCAAACCGACUUUUAUCUUUUUCUCCUUCAAGCUUUAGCUUUACGCUAGGACCUCACUUACUUCCUGUGUGUUUACUUUACUAAUUUGUCUGUGCUAAUCUGCUGAGUCAUCAGUGUCUGCCGAGUAAAUGUUUACCUGUUGGUUUACCAUGUGGAUCUUAAGACUGAAGAAUAAUUGUGUCUGUCUGUCUCAGAGGAGCCAGUGUGAAGCGCUCCUCCUCCUCAGGUCUGGAACGUUCUUACAGCUCCUGGGAAACUUCAGAGGAAAACCGGAACAGACUGGUAAAGGCUGCGUCCACGUCAAAGCUGCUUGCCAAAGUGGUCAGGACAGCCGAGAGACACAAAGACCCGGUGGUCAGUCAAGCAAAAAUGUCCACGAGAGAGAAAAACAGUCAAGCUGAGGGAAACCACAUCAAGAUGUUCAUCCGAGGUCGACCGGUCACGAUGUUCAUCCCGUCAGACGUCGACAACUACGACGACGUUCGCACCGAGCUUCCUUCAGAGCGGCUCAAACUGGAGUGGGUGUACGGUUACCGCGGCAGAGACUGCAGAGCAAACAUUUACCUGCUGCCGACUGGAGAGAUCGUUUACUUCAUCGCUUCUGUCGUCGUUCUGUUCAACUACGAGGAGCGGACACAGAGACAUUACCUCGGACACACGGACUGUGUCAAGUGCUUGGCCGUCCAUCCCGAUAAAAUCCGCAUCGCAACAGGACAGAUCGCGGGAGUGGACAAGGACGGACGACCGCUGCAGCCUCACGUCCGUAUCUGGGACAGUGUCAGUCUGUCCACACUGCAGGUCGUGGGUUUGGGGACGUUUGAGCGCGGCGUGGGCUCGUUAGCGUUCUCUAAAGCUGACUCGGGUCAGCACCUCAGUGUGAUCGAUGACUGUAACGAUCACAUGUUGACCGUCUGGGAAUGGCAUAAAAAGUCUAAAAUCGCUGAAAUCAAGACAACUAACGAGGUGGUUCUGGAUGUCGAGUUCCACCCGACCGACCCCCACACCAUCGUCACCUGUGGAAAGUCCCAUAUCUUCUUCUGGACCUGGACCGGAACCUCACUGACUCGAAAACAGGGAAUCUUUGGAAAAUAUGAGAAGCCGAAGUUCAUCCAGUGUCUGUCCUUCCUGAGCUCAGGAGACAUCCUGACCGGAGACUCUGGAGGAAUCCUGCUUGUCUGGACCAGGAACUCUGCUGACACUCAGACUGGAAAGGGGCCCAGAGCGUUUCAGAUCAGCCGGCAGGUCAAAGGUCAUGAAGGCAGCAUUUACUGUAUGUGUGAGAUGAGGAGCGGCACUCUGCUGACCGGAGGAGGAAAAGACCGCAAGAUCAUCCUGUGGGACCACGAGCUGCGAGCGGAGCGAGACAUCGAGGUCCCAGAUCAGUAUGGAGCCAUCAGGGCGGUGUCAGAGGGAAAGGGGGAGGAGUUUCUGGUUGGUACGUCUCGUAACUUCGUCCUGAGAGGAACGUUCAACGACGGCUUCCUGGUGGAAGUCCAGGGACACACAGAUGAACUGUGGGGUUUGGCGUCUCAUCCGUCCAGAGCGAUGUUUCUCACCUGUGCUCAGGAUCGACACGUGUGUCUCUGGAACUCCAGCGACCACAGUCUGCAGUGGAGCCGCACUCUGGAGGAACAUGGACACUGUGCAGACUUCCAUCCCAGUGGAGCAGUGGUUGCCAUAGGAACACACUCUGGAAAGUGGUACAUCCUGGACGCAGAGACCACGGACCUGGUUGGGAUUCACACUGACGGAAACGAGCAGCUGUCAGUGAUGCGUUUCUCUGUGGAUGGAAGUCUGUUGGCUGUUGGGUCACAUGACAACUUCAUUUACCUGUACACCGUGUCAGAGCGAGGACGCAAGUACAGUCGCUACGGGAAGUGCACGGGACAUUCCAGUUACAUCACACAUCUGGACUGGUCACCUGACAACAACCUGAUCAUGUCCAACUCUGGAGACUAUGAGAUCCUCUACUGGGACGUUCCAAACAGCUGUAAACUGAUCAGAAAUCGCUCAGAGUGUAAAGACAUCGACUGGGCGACGUACACCUGUGUGCUGGGAUAUCACGUGUUUGGGGUGUGGCCUGAAGGGUCAGACGGUACCGACAUCAACGCCCUGAUCAGAUCUCACAACAGGAAGGUGAUCGCACGCGCUGACGACUUCUGUAAAGUUCAUCUGUUUGCUUACCCGUGUUCGACUGCCAAGGCUCCCAGUUAUAAAUACAGCGCUCACAGCAGUCAUGUGACCAAUGUCAGCUUCCUGUACAACGACAGUCACCUGAUCAGCACAGGGGGGAAGGACACCAGCAUCAUGCAGUGGCGUUUGGUCGAGAAGUCCUCGAUCUGUCACGAUGGCCAUCUCUCUAACUCCACCUCUCGCCGGGCGGACCCCAUCUUUGCCACACCCCCUCCCGCUCCUCCUCCCACUCCUGCCACACAACAACCAGAUCCUCCCCCGACCGCCAACGGGACCCAAGAAACCUCACCAGAAACUCCGCCCCCUGCGGAGCUAGCCCCACCUGCCUCAGAGUUAACCCCGCCCCACUCUGAGUGCACUCCAGCCCUGUCAGACAGCACAAUCAGUUUGAAAGACAGUCUGGAGCCCAGCGACGACACGGCCACGCCCAGUGACGAGGGGCUGCCCCCCUUCACCCCCCCCUCAUAGACGGAGCAUGUGUGUGUGUGAGUUCUGGUACAGCUGUCUUUGUGAGGACCAGUCCGAGCUGUACAUGAGUAAAACCUUCAGUCCUCUCGUCAAACCCACAGUCUGCUUCAGGGUCAGUUCAGUUCUUACAUGAAGCCACAGACUCGGGUCCUAACCAGGUCCUGGUUUGGUCCACGACGACUCAUGGACCAGGUCCUGACCGGGUCCACAGCGAGUCACAGAUUAGACCUGAUUCCUAACAGUUAAUCUGACCUUCAUUCAGAACCUCAUAGAGAAAAUGUCUGUUUUUAAUGUUUCCUUCAGUGUCACUGUGAAGCGGUGGUGAUUAUCUGCGUAACCUCGGUUCCCUGAAAACAGGAAGUGGGCACAGUGAAUUCAGCUGCUGCGAUGAGACACUUUGACAUCACUUCAUGUGGUUAUCUGUGGUCUCAGUGUAACGUUAGUGUUAUGGGGCGGGGUGUCCUCACAAGUAUAGUGUGUAUGUGUGUGUGUGUGUCAGUCACACAGUUUAUCUCAUCAAUCAAAACGUGUUUGAAUGUCAGUUUGAAAGACCUGGAGGCGGGACUUAACCUGACAGACACCCGUCAUGCCUUCACAAUAAAACCUCAUGUCUUCUGUGUGCGUCAGGUGAGACAGGUGUCUCCUGGGUAACGCUGUUUUCACCAGCAGAGCAGGUGAACAGGAAGUGAGGUCAGAGGAAACUUAAAUGUCUUUCUUUUAAUUGUCUUUUUUCUCACGUGACGAUGAUAAAUGCAUCUAAAUGUUUGAUUCCUAACAUUUGAUCAGAUCUUGUUGUAACGUGAACUUUAAAUUCUCAAAAUGUUUAAAAACCUUUUCAAAAAAACAACAAAAAAAAUGCUGACUUUAACGAGCUUUUUAUCUUCGUCUCCUUUUCUUACGUAAAAGGCUUUUAAUGUGAAAUAUACAGGAAACCAAAAAAUUCGGCGGUUUCUAAAAUGAUUCUACUCAACUCCCAGGAUCCUUCUUUUCUUUUUUUUCUUCACCUGACGCAGGUGAGAUUCAGUCACAGGAAGUGAAGGGAAGGAUCGAGGUAACGUGAACAGGAAGUUACUGGAAAACCUCCAGAGUAAAAGCUGUGACUGACAUGUUUUUGUUUUUAAAAAUCAACAGAAGUGAAUCAGAGUGAGAACACUCUCUCUUUCCCCUUCCCUCUCUGACAGGAUCUGUCUGUAGAUUUCUGUUGACCACUGGGGGGCAGCAGCGCCUCAGCACUGUAAAAAACAAUAUUCGCAUCUCAGCCAAUCAGAUGACAGGGGGGCGUGGCCAUGUGCCAUGAUUGGCUGUGUUUCAGUGACUCAUCGAUGACUGCUGAUUGUUUUCGGACCAUUUCUUUUUCAAACCUCUGAAUGUCAGGGUGGUGAUGUCACUCCAGUGGGCGGGGCUUUGGGGGAUCAGGUGGGUUUAUUAAUUAAUUUUUUGCCUUUUUAAUACUUGUCUGUUUAUCUUCGUCUUUUCUAUGCUCGUGUCUCUGACGACCUCGUCAGGUCGGGGAUUUACCUGGACGUUCAGGUGUGGGAGGGGGAGGGCGCGGUCAUUGAUGUAUGGGGUUGUAUUUGGGGGCGGGACUUUGGUUGUUCCUGGUUUUAACAUGUUGAGUAACAACAAUGUUCAUGUGACUGUUUUGAGCCAAUCAUUUCUUCUCUCAUGCAUUCCUGUCAGCUGACGGACUGUACGGAAGACUUCAACAAAAAAAUGCAAAUAAAUAUUUUCAAAACUGA